AUGAAGGAAAAGAGUGGAGGGUUUCCUGCGUGGAAAGUGCUUCUGUGUGGGAUGUGUGUGUUGCUGCUCCUGUGCUCCGCAGGUUUAGUGUUUCUGCUGGUUCAACAGAAAGAGCUGACAGAAGAGCUGGGCAGGUUGGACGCUCAGGUGCAAGUGUUGUGGCAGAGCUGCGUGCUGCAGGGGGGGAUCAAGCCUACAGAGUCCAAGAAGAUCGGAGGGCUGAAGGAGCUCCAACGCACAAGGAGAGACCUGGAGGGAGAGUUGAGACAAAGCCAAGAAGAGAAGGACACGCUCACACUGAUGACCUACUCCAUGGUUCCUGUAAGAUGGCUCAAAUGCGGGCUCUUCUUGUUCAUUUAUCACACACUAAUUUCUAUGAAAGGAAGAUCCCUGAAUGUCUCAUUAUGUCGUUAGGGGAGAAACAGGGGAGCAAUCAACAACUCUGAGCUGUCAACUUUAACUGACUUUUUCCCCCUUUUGGGAAGAGAUGCAUGUAGAAGUAACGCAAAGAAUCUGAGAGUCUGUCACAGAGAUUAAGAAGAAGUUUGGUUUUCCACUCAGUGUUACCUGAGUAAACACUUUGAGCAGUGGAGCGUGAGGGUUGUCUGCUUUCUGGAGCGUUUCUGCAGUGCGUGCUUCUGUUUGACAGCGUGUUUACAUUUAUGUUUCAUGGAUUGAAAAUAUGAUUUACAUUAAGUAACAGGAACCAUGGUUUCCAAUAAACCGCUCAAAGAUUCUUAUGCAAAUACAAACUGGCAGGUCGAGGCGACACAUCAGUGACACAGAAAAUGGUAUUGAUUAUUUAUUCAAUGAAUUACCGGCAAUCAAAAAUAAUUGAGGCUGAAAUUACUGUAACUGUCAUAAUCAUGUCGUCUUUUGAUUUUCUUUAGGCUUAGUUGAUCAUUUAUUAGAGUUAUAUCAUUUCAUUGGGAGAUGCGAACUGUGUUUAAAAUGCUACUGGACAAAGAAAAUUUUCUGUAUUUAAGAGCCAGAUGUGUGAUUUUUUUUUUUUAGCUCCAGGAAAGUUAAAGUAAAAGCCAAAAACCAGCAAAGUUUGAUCCAUCUGAGCAAUCAAAUGUUUUUUUUAAGCUGCUAUUAAUGUGAAACCAAAAGUGUUUCACUCCUUUGUCAGAUUCAGGAAUGUAACCUCGCCUCACCCUCUGUUUCUUUUAUUUUUCAGAUCAAAACCCUCAUGGAUCUCUGUAACAGCUCCAGAGGAAUUUGUCUAACAGGUGUGCUCUCCACUACAGUCUGCUUUGGUUGCCAUGGCUUUUACUGUAUUUGAUUUAUUUUAAGUAUGAACUGUAUUUCUGCCCACAGGUCCACCUGGACCACCAGGUAAAAUCGGACACUUUGAUUAUCUCUCACAAUGACUAAAUCCAGGUAGUUGCUUCAGUCUUGUUAAUUUUUCCUGUUAGGUUUGCGUGGUAAACCUGGUUUACCUGGACCACAGGGUGUGCCUGGGCCUGAGGGGAAACGUGGGAGAAAAGGUGAGUGAUCUGAAGUUUCUCUCAAAUCCAACAAGCCCUUUGUAGAGACAUAAGACAGGAGUGUGUACAAGAGCAGACAAAUGAGCUCUGUACUGAAUUCUGUCAGAAGUUUCAAACAGCCUUCAUUGUUUAGCAGUAGUUAUGUAAUAUCACACCCACUGCCGGGACUUGGUCCACAGCUGCCUCAGCAGACCGGCACAGGAGGGUGAUGGUACAGGAUUGGGUAUUAGACAGAUUUGAGUUGGAUCAUGCUUUUCGAUAUGGUUGUUGUUUUGAAUCGUCUGUGUGACCUGUUUUCAGAUCAGUUUUCCUCUAAUCUCAAUGUUCAGGACCUCCUGGUGAAAAAGGGGAGCGGGGGCCUAAAGGGGACCCUGGGCCUCUACGACUGAAAGGCGAGAUCUACAAUGAUAUUCUCAUUGAGGGUGAGAAGUGAAAACAGAGAAGAUGUCGCCUUAGUUUUAGAAACAUGUUGUCUGUUUUUGAGUGCAUAUGCUGAGUUGACACUAUAGUCUUCUGUAAGGCUCAGAAAACAGAAACUCUUGGUGUUAUGGCUACUCUGGCGUUUAACAAAGAGGUAAAAAACAUCAGAGUAGUUUAAGAGGAGGAGGUCUACGACUCGCUAAAUAAUAAGCACUCAUGAAGAUAUUUCAGUUUGAAAAAAAGGGAUCUUGAAUUUAUUUAAACCAACAAAAAUAUUCAAACAACAAGCAAAAUAAAAAAUGUUAUUUAGCGGUCGAUAAACUGUUUCACUCCUCACUUGCCUCACUCCUUCAGCACCAAGCAAAAACCAAAAGAAACCAGCUGUCCUCACUCCCUAAUCACAGGAGGAGGCCUGGUCAGGAGGAGGAACGUGAGCAGCAAAGAAUUGAAUAAUAAUUCAUUCACAAUAUUAUCCUUAGCAUUUCCAAAUAAUUCAAAUAAUUAUACAAAGAAUCAAUAGGCUCCAACACUUAAGUUGUAUGUUUUCUUUCACACCUUGUUAUGAUUUAGGAUGAAAAGGGAAAACUAAAUCUCAACUUUUGUCACUUCUUUCCAGCUUCUGCUUGGUAACUAAUUCAUAAGUCACAAAAAUGACUUAUAAAAUCAUCAUGUCCUCGCUGUAAUUAAAGACUGUGUUUCAGAUCAGCCACUUUAUAAGUUUACUCUUCUGUGUCUGAUUUGUAACUUCUGAUUGUUUGUUUCAAAGGUCCUCCUGGUCCAAGAGGCCCACCUGGCCCACCUGGUCCAGCCUGUCCUGUUCAGUGUUGUCAUGAUGUAAGAAAAAAGACGAUCUCUGAAAAAACACAUCAAACCAACGUAUCACUCGGUAAGAAUCUCUACAGAAAUAUGUUUUAUUUUCAGAAACCUUAAGUCACAUCCCCAAAUCUCUUUGUUUCAUUCAUUUCAACAAACUUCAGAAAGUCCUCAGUGUUUUUCUGUAACAUGUACGUUUCAGGUAAGGGACCCUUCCUUGCGUAUUCUGACAAUCCCAAUUUAAUGCACACAGAUGAGGUUGGUUUAAGUUUAAAGCACAACAAGUACAUCCCAACAGGGGGAGCUACAACCUUUCAAGACUCGGGUUCUCAUUAAGAAGUACACUAAAACCUGAAAAAUCAAAAAGAAACACAACACAAAUUUACUCUUUUACCAUGAAACCAAAUGGGUCUCAGCUCCAUUCGAGUGGAAAACAAUUGAAGACAUGACCCCUGUGUGCUGAGCAGUCUUGAGUCACAAACCUGUGAGGAACUGCAAACUUUCUUUGAGUCGCUAAAAUCAAAAUCUCUGAGGAGAACUUUCCAGCAUCAUUGUUUUAACGACUUUGAGUGUUUUGUCAGCAAUAUCCAAAAAAAUGUGGGGACAGGGGCAUGUUUACCAUCAUGUUAUCACUUCUUAUUUUCACAACCAUAGACUGUAUAUAGAAUGGACAGAGUCUGCCUCCUCGCUGGGUGAAGCCACUCCGAGAACAGCACCCUCUGUUGAUGGGCUGCAGUAUAGGUCAUAAAUCCCUCCUCCUCCAGCAAAGCUUAUGGAGCUGUGGACAAACUUUAAAAAUUUAUUACAACGAACAUCAAUUUUUCUCCCCCCCUGCUUGCGGUGUUGACAUGUAGUUACUGUAACACUGGUUUGUGCUCAAGUCCUUUUUUUUCUGUGAAGCUCCAUUUUAAAAAGUUAUUAGGGGGUUUAUGUUUUCUAUGAUUGACACCUGAUACAGCCUAUGGGCGUUCAGGGAUUGCGUAGCUCUCCCGGGGGGAUACGCUGUUUGAGCCGAGCGUCAUCACAGGGACUCUCGGCGACUGUGCGGCCGAAUGGGCGCAUCGCUACUGCGCAGCACACACUGUAAACAUUUAAGGAAAUAUUAUCCGGAUUUAUACCUGAUGUUGGAUUUCAGCUGCUCAACAACUCAGAGUCUCUUUCGGUCAAUUAUGACGGAUCACAGGACAGUUUUCUCUUUUCACGCUUAUCUAAAAUACGAUCAAUGUCUAGAUCAAACAUGGUUUUCUCUGUGUAUGGUACAGUUUCAACCUGUAUUUGUGGAUGUAAUGACAAACUGUCCGUACUGACAGCAGUUUUAAUGUUGAUUUUGUGCAUAUGCAGUGAUUCUCACGACAGAGUGAUGUCUGUUUAUAACUGGAUGCCACCCGAAGGCCUAAAAAUCAAAGUUAUGCACUUAAGAUUUUCAGUCAUGCUUCUUUGGUUCAGAUUCUCUGUUAUGUUCUGUGGAGUUCAAAUCUUCACUUACCUUGCCCUUUCACAGUGAGAGACACUGUUCCUUUAUUGUUGAAGUAUUUGCUCAUGUAAUCUCUCACAGAGUGGUGAACCUCUUCCCAUCUUUAUUUCUGAGAGACUCGUGCUAUCCGCUGUUCCAUCUUUAUAUCCAACCAAAUUAAAUAUAUUACUAAACUUACUAACCCAUUUAAUUUGGAGAUGUUCCUCCCUGUGUUUUCAUUGUACAACUUAUUCAGUGUUUCAUCACCCUGGUCCAAACUUUAUUUGAAUAUGUCGUUGGCAUCAAUUUUAAAAUGAGCAAAUAUUCUUCAUGAAACAAUAACGUUUUUCAAUGUCAACAUGAUGAUAUGAUGCCUUUGCCCGUUUUUCAAUUGAAUACCUGGUUAAAAUGAUUUGCACACUAUCAGCAUCUGUUUCAUCAACCUUUUACAUGGUGUCCCCACUUUUUUUUGGCAUUUAGGCUGUAAAAGAAAUCACACUAAUUUACUUUCUGUUCUUUCUAGAUUCUUCUCCUUUCCCUCACAUGGAUGCUUUUACUGAAACUGACAUGGAAAACACCAGCAGCGCAACAUCUAUAAAGACUGGUGGGAAGAAGUGAAUAGUUACACAACUUAUUAUGACAUACGGAACACAGCGUACAAAUCACAAAAAGAUCACAAGCUUGUUAUAAAUUGAAUUUCCUCUGUUGUUGAUUGGACAAUAAUCCCUCCUCUUUUUUUUUUCCAGUACCGCAAACAACACUCUCAGCUGCAGACAAAAGAGAUUUCUUAUACGUGACUGACUCUAAAAAACUUCCAGAAACUCCUGAGGAAAAUUCAGAAACUGGUGAGCAACCAAUUAAAAUGGAAGGAAACAAAAGACCUUGAAUUUAACAUUUAGGAGAAAAUCAUCCUAACAUGAGUCCUUUUUCGUUUUAUUUACUAGUGAUGGUUCAUGCAGAGAAUAGCAGCUUGAAUAACUUCAGCACAGAAAACGUUACUGGGACACCUGUUACAUUUUUAAAUGGUACUGACUGUAUUAUUUUAUCAAACAUUUCUUAAACACAUUUAAUUAUUAUAAUACAGUUGGUGUACGUUACUUUUAUUGUCUUGUAUUAUUAUUCAGCCCCUCUUCCUCCAGACCUGACUGACAGCAGAGAAAACUAUAAUAGUGGCCAGAAUAAUAAAGACACAGACAUGAGAAAAGGUAGAAAGAUGAACAAUAUUGAAGAUACCAUUUUAUACAUUGUUAACCAUAGCAAAGAAUAAGACUGUACUGUAUGACCACUUACUGACCUCUGUAUUUUAUUCCCACAGAAUUGGUAUCACCUGGUCCAGACUACAAACAUAAUACUAGGAUUCAAACCAGCACAGAACAGAGUCUAACAGAGGCAGAAGUUGGUUUGUUUCCUGGUGAGAUGCAUGGAGACUUAUUUAUGAAAUAUUUCCACCCACAGAUUUGACCUGGUCUUCUUUCAUGUCUCAUAAAAAAGAACUUUUCUCACCGCAGUAUUACCAACCCAACAUCCUGCUCAUGAAGCUAGAGGGGUCACUGACUCUAAGAAAAUUGGAGUAACACGCAAAGAAUCUGGUAGGCAAUGAGUUAGACUCAUCGAUAAUAAAAAUAGUCAUGUACAGAAAUCAAAUCAGAUUAAUUGUCAGUCAGCUAUUGAAUAUAGUUUAAAGGACUUUUUGUGACAACCUCUGUCAUUUUUGAUCACUUUUCACAAUCACAGGAUGCAUAAUAAACUGUAAUUCAAGUUUAUGACCAAAAUAUCAAACUCAUCUCAUUUUUUUGAUUUUCCUAGAGUCAGUUUUACUUCAAAGAGGCGACGAACAAGACACCGUGGGUGACUCCAGCACGGUGACAGAGACGCUGACAGGAUUAAUGACAGGUAGGUAGACUUGUUUUAUGAACUCUGAAUGAAACUUCUGACCUGAACUUUAACAGUUUAUAUCCAGUAUUCCAUUUUACAGCCACACUAUCAGCUGAUUAAACAGAGAUGCCUUCAUUAUAAGGACUUCACUUAUACAUAGGUUAGAUUUUGAUUAAUUGGAAUGAUCAUUAAAUUUGCAGUGGCAUCAUUUAUAGUGUUGUUAUUUACUAGUUCGCAGUUUUGUUGAACAGAAUUAACAGACAAAAAGAUAAACAGUUUUAAAAUGUGAACUUAAACACAUCUUAAACUUAAAUAACCUUUUUAAUAAGUAUUUGAAAUUUAUGGAGGUGAAAGUACUUACAAUAUCUGGUAGGUCUUUAAAUAUUUAAAUAUCAUGAAGAUAUACAAUUAAAUACAUGACAAUAAUGUGAAUUUCUUGUUUGCUAUUGUAACAUGUUCAGAUGUCCCAGAUUCACCUGAGAAAUCUAAAAAGCCAAAUUUGACCAGCAGCCAUAAAAGAACAAAAACUGGUAUGUACUCUUGCUGAUUUAACUUCAAAAUAAAGCAAAAUGCAGCUGUGAAUGUUGUGACAUAUUGUAUGUAAAUUUUAGAUCACUAAUACUAUUUGAUAAAAACCCAUCUGUACCUUAUCUCGUCGUCUUUCUGCAGAAUCACUCGCACACGCCUCAACAGACAACUUCAGAGAUGACUUGACUACGUACAAGUCAGUGACAUUCCUUCCUGCCAAAGUGAAAUCUGGUAAACUGUAUUUUUGAGCUGCUGGUAAACCGUGAUUUAAAAAAAAAAAAAACUUUUACCAUCUGAUUAAAAAAAUAAACGUUUGAUCUAUGUUUACUUUUUCUAGAUUCUGCAUCAUUUGACAAAGAAGACAACAAUGACAACAUGACUGAGUCAAACACCGUAAAUAAUGCAAAAACAUGGAUAAGAUUAUUAACAGGUGUGUUGUGUUUAAGUUAUGAUUAAAUCAUGUGAGCAUGACUUCAUGAUGUUAAAGUUUGUGUCCUAUCAUUCAAUAGAAUCCCUUUCCUCACACCAAGAUGGUGAUGCAUUCAGUAAGAGUGGAACCACCACAGUGGACACAGUGACUCAAAGUGGUAAGAAACUGUAUACUUUUUAUUAGUAUACACGACAGGCUAACAUUUACAGAUAAUGUUGGUAAUUUUUCUUUCUUCAAGUGUUUUUUAUAAUGAGCCAAAGUUACGAUCUUAGCUUUUCGAAGGGUAUUUUCAAUAUAUUAGCGAUGUUUUAAUUUUUGCCAAUUUUGUACCAUUAAAUUUCACAAAUUAUUUUACUCACUUUAUAAACAGCCAAUUAAGAUUGUAGACAUCAUACUCAACAGCAAGAUCCUAAAAGUUACUUUUUUAUUAGUUGAAAAAGAACAAUAUACCUUUUAAAAUGUCAAAAUCUACAUAUAUUAUACUCCUUUCUUAUUUUUUAGCUUUCUCACAUUCACCCAACACCAAAGAUACGCUGCAUUUGACCAACAACAGGAGAUGGACAAAAACUGGUCAGUGCACUUUGUGAAUUUAAAUCCACAUUGAGCAUUCAGAUCAGAUUUUAUGAUAUGCUACAUGUCAGUGGAGACUUUCUGUUCGAUCGCAUUCGAUAUUUGUGCCAUACAGUGUCACCAACGAAGCACCCAGCCAACGCCAAAAAAGAUACAUCGGAUUACACAGACUCAGACAGAUUCACAGAAACUACUGAACGACCUGGUGAGUGCUUGUUUUGAGUGUUGGUAGGAAAUAAGGAAGCUCAAAAAUAAAACCUCUUUGACUCAGAAUGUUCUUAUAUAUUUGUCAAGCAGAGAUACUUGUACUCCAUAAAGAGAACAACCACAACACCUCGACUGACUCAGGCACAAAAAAUGUGACAGGGGGACUGAUCAAACUACUAACAGGUACAAAGUGUUUAAUAUUACGAGCCUGUCUUGCUCCACAUCUUCAUUAGUAUUUGCAGACUCUGUCUAAUAUGUCUUUCCCUCAUACAGCACUUCUACCAUCUGUUUGGACUGAAAAGAGUGACACCCCCAGUGACAAUAAGGAGAUUACUGAUACAACCAGCAAAAGUGGUAAAUCUUUUAUACUGCAUGAAAGAUGUCUUGUUGCUUAAUUUACCUGCACAAGCCUUUUUAUAAUACUUUAUUUCUAGCUUCUAGCAUGUUUUUGCUUUAUUCCACUGUAUUGUCUUGUAUUAUUAUUCAGCCCCUCUUCCUCCAGACCUGACUGACAGUGGUGAAAACUAUAAUAGUGGCCAGAACAAUAAAGACACAGACAUGAGAAAAGGUAUAAAGAUGCACAAUAUUGAAGAUACCAUGUUAUAUAUUGUUAACAAUUAGCAAAAAAUAAGAAUGUACUGUAUGACCACUUACUGACCUCUGUUUUUUAUUCUUUCAGAGUUUGUAUCACCUGGUCCAGACUACAGACAUAACACAGGGGUUCAAACCAGCACAGAACAGAGUCUAACAGAGGCAGAAUUUGGGUUAUUACCUGGUGAGAUACAUGGAGACUUAUUCAUGAAAUAUUUGUUAUUAUUAUUUGUUUCUGGUCUUUUAUCAUGAACUGUUUUGAAAUCAUUGUAACACUAUUGAUAAUUUAGCUUGGGCAAUGCACACUUAUUGUACUGCUACUAUCUCUAUUUCAUGGAUAAAGAAAAGUCAGGAAUAAUAUAUUACAGAGGAUAUAUGUUUAUAUGUUUCAGAGUUCAAUAGAUUUUUUUGUUAUUGUCAGACCUGAUACUUUCUUUUUUCCCCAGAGUCUCACAGAGAUAAAAACAACAACUCGAACAAUUCCAAAAGAGAGAAAACUACAAAAGCACCGAGCCAAACAACAGCGGGUAAGCAGUCUGUUUUGAACUUUAUCUAAAAGGUUAAAUGACCGCAGAGAUACCUUUUUAAGUUUGUGUAUCUAUCUGAAUCUGUAUCCUUUCAUUUUACAGUCUCCCCUUCUGUUGACUCCGCUCAAAAGACUGAUGCAUCUGAUAACAGCGGGAAUACAGCUACGAACAGUGGUAAGAAAGUAUCUUGGUUUGAUGGUGGUGAUUAUUUUUCAGAUGGAAAGAUAAUUUAGAAGCAUCCCUGUCUUUUUUUAACUGUUUGACAUAAAUUAUAAUCCAAGGUAAAGAAAGAAACAAGACUUUCUUCUCCUUCCAUUUUUAUGUAGACAGUUUAUACCAACUCCAGAUGAACAACAAGACUGAUAAGACAACCAAUGAGAGACUGAGAGAAGCAGGUGAGAUUCUGUUACAUUUUACAUCUAUCUAUCUAUCUAUCUAUCUAUCUAUCUAUCUAUCUAUCUAUCUAUCUAUCUAUCUAUCUAUCUAUCUAUCUAUCUAUCUAUCUAUCUAUCUAUCUAUCUAUCUAUCUAUCUAUCUAUCUAUCUAUCUAUCUAUCUAUCUAUCUAUCUAUCUAUCUAUCUAUCUAUCUAUCUAUCUAUCUAUCUAUCUAUCUAUCUAUCUAUCUAUCUAUCUAUCUAUCUAUCUAUCUAUCUGUCUCAAUUUUUAGAGUGCAGUAUUAAAGCCAUCAGAUGUUCAGAGAGAGCCACAGAGACACAAAGUACUUUUGGAGCCUGGAUGCCUGAUGCAGCCGACCCUGAUGGAGGUCGAUUCUGGCUCGCUGAUCAUUUUUCAGGUGAUUUUUAAAGUCACGUAUAUCUGCCAUUCUUUGCAGGCAUUUGUGAGUUAUUGUGGAAUUAUCACUGACACAUUUCCCCCUUCCAUAUCUCCAGGCCGAUUUUUAACAGAGCACAGGGAUGUGUCCACUUUGGCAAAGUCUAGCGACAAAACCAUAGAUGUUGGGAGGUUUUACCAGGGCUGUGGUCAUGUUGUUUACAAGCGGUCGUUCUACUUUCAAAAUGCAGGGACAAAUAGACUGAUACAGUAAGUGUUUCUGUUAAAAAUGUAGAGGACUCUUCCUGCUUUGGAAUACUGAUAUUUUCUGUGUCAGAUAAUAUUUGACUUUUGUACCAAGCUUCUUAACUUACUUUGAAUGAAUGUUUGACAGAUUUGACCUGAACACCAGGAGAACAAAGACCCUGAUGAUCACUAACAGCAGAUAUAACAACCUGACCUACCUUUUCCGCAACUCAAAGACGUACUUCAAGUUUGCUGUGGAUGAAAAUGGGCUGUGGGUUAUUUUUGCUUCAGCUGCAGACGAUAUCACGAUGGUUGCGAAGCUUGACCCUGACACGUUCUCUGUGGAGUCAGUCAUUAACACGCACUACCCGACAGCUCAAGCAGGGAAUGCUUUCAUUGUGUGUGGGUUGAUGUAUUUCACAGACAUCAACGACAGGAGAGUGACAUACGCCUUUGAUUUGAAGACAAAUAGUCCUCAGGAUGCAAGUUUUGAUUUAAGACCUGCUGAUGGCACCUUGACUAUGUUGUCAUAUCAUCCCAGCAAGAAGCUUUUGUACAUGUGGGAGAACAGCAGUGUGAAAACCUGCAGAGUUAAACUGAAAAUGCACUAA